AUGGACAGCCCCAGCGCCCCGGCCGCUGCCCCCGCCGCCACCUCCGGCGCCUUCGGCAUGGACAAGGCUUUCGGGCCGCAGCAGCCCUUGGGCGGCCGCCUCCUGGAGCCGGGGGACUGCGCCCAAGCCAGGAAGAACUUCAGCGUCAGCCACCUCCUGGACCUGGAGGAGGUGGCGGCCGCGGGCAGGAACGGAGGUCGCGAGCCCCGGGCCGAUCCCCGGGACGGUAGCCGGGGGCUGCAGGAGCCGUCAGGGGGGAGCAGCGGCAGCGAGGCGGCGCCCCAGGACAGCGAAUGCCUCAGCCCUGGCAGAGGAGCUGCCAAGAGGAAGAAGAAGCAGCGCAGAAACCGGACCACCUUCAACAGCAGCCAGCUGCAGGCCCUGGAGCGGGUGUUCGAGAGGACACACUAUCCUGAUGCCUUUGUCCGAGAGGAGCUGGCUCGCAGGGUCAACCUGAGUGAGGCCCGGGUCCAGGUAUGGUUCCAGAAUCGAAGGGCAAAGUUCCGACGAAAUGAGAGAGCCAUGCUGGCCAACAGAUCCGCCUCACUCCUCAAGUCUUAUAGCCAGGAAGCAGCCAUCGAGCAGCCAAUGGCACCCAGGCCAACAGCCCUGAGUCCAGACUAUCUGUCCUGGACCACCACAUCCCCCCCUUACAGCUCAGCUGCUGGCAGCUCUGGGCACUCACACCCUCCUGCCAGAGAUGCACCGGCUGAUGGGGGCUCCAGAGCCAGUUGCGGGGGCAGCUCCACGCCUGUACAGAACAUCGAGAUGGGCUUGCCGCACGGUGCCAUCCUACAGCCCCGGGGGGACAGCCACCCCCACUCAAGGGGUCAACAUGGCCAACAGCAUCGCCAGCCUCCGCCUCAAAGCCAAAGAGUUCAGCCUGCAUCAGAACCAGGUGCCCACAGUGAACUGAAUGAUUCCCAGCAGCCCUCGGCCAGGACUAAGCUACCUUUUUCUUAAAAAAAAAAGUUUUAAAGCAAAAAGAGAGAAAAAAAAAGAAAAAAUGUUUUUAAAAGAGAAAAAAAGAAAAAGGGGGAGAGGGGAGGGAAGGAAAGAAAAAUGAACCCUACCCCCUCUCCUAGCCUCAGUACAAGGACGGCUGUUCCUGCCCCCCAACAGAAGGGCUGGCUGAGAAUGGAGCCUACAGAAAUAUGCAAGGACACUCUCUCCAACCCAUACUCCUUCUCCCAUUUGGCUGCUGAGGACAGCAGGGCCCAGCCCCUCCCUCCAUCCUUUGUCUCUGUUAUCCUCACUCAUGAGCAUCUGAUGUUGUCAGGCCAGGAAGGAGGAGGGAGACUUACAUGAAUAGAGUUUCUAUUUGAAAAUCAAAGAGCUUGAAUUCUGAAAACAAACCUGCAAAGGGAUGGAAAAAGGGAAAAGGAAAAAGGGAAAAAAAAAGCUACAAACAGAACCAAAGGUGUUUGAUUUGAGAUGAAGAAUAUGAACUGGUAUCAGCUGAUGCUGUUCAAGACCCAUUUGGGAUCCUUGAAACCAGAUGGGAUUUUGGCAACAAAUGUCCCAGCAGCCCUCAGGGCCACAGUCAGCAUGAACCAGCACCCAUAGCCAUGACCCCCUAUGAUAUCAUUAUGCCAGCUGGAAUGCCUCAGUCUGUACAUAGGCUGACGUUUUCCGAUUUCCACUGGACAAAUAGUGGAAUCCACGGUCUGUGCCUUGGACAACAUGUGCACCCUAGUAUAAAAGUACCUAGUUCUGGUGGGGGGGGGGAGUCAUAAAGAGUAACCCGACUCCCUCCAUCCCCUCUUCCCAGGGGACCUCUCCUAGGUUCCAGGCAGACUCUCCAAAGAAAGGAUGUCAGAGGCCAUAUAAUAGGAGCCUGGUGUUUGGAAAUAGUGGCUACAUCACCCUGAACCCUGGUCACAGUCCUCCUGGCUGGACCACCACUUGCCCAGCUCGAGGGCAGGGCUGGACCAGAUAAUUCCAGGAUGCCUUCCAGCUCCAAGACCUGAGAUCCUUUAUGAAUACAGGAGGCUCAGCACUUCUUCAACAUAUCCCCUGUCUUCCAGAUGGUUAGGAGACUCCUCAACAUCAGACAGGAGCCUGCUGGGCUAUCCUUCCUUUGUGUUAACCAACACUGCCCUUCACCAAGUGGAUAUCCCAGCAGUGGCUAAGGCGAGAGGAGAGGGACAGUUCCCUCAUUCCCAGAAACCUCUCUUUGCUUCCUGUGUAUGGCCUCUACCUCCCCCCAAACGUCCUUAGUUGGUGAUUUGAAGGCAGAAGGACCAGAUGGGAGGGGGGCCUAGAGUAGGCUUUCUGGGGAGGUAAAAGAAAGAACAUUAAACUGGGGAGCAUGAGUUCUAUUUCAAACCGUGACUCUGCCACUUAAUACUUGAAUGACUUUGGCUAGGUGGUGCUCGGUGUCCCCAUAUGGAAGAUGAUUUCUUUUAGGAUUCUGGGACUUAGUCCUGGGCCAAGGGACUGGAAGUUGUGUCUGUAUCUGAUGGCUCAGGGAGGUGGGGCAGGUGGGGUGAAACAACCAUAGUUUGAAAGACCCUCACGUAGAACUUCUUGACCUUCUUAUGCAAACAUCUCAAUGAGUAGCCUCAAAAACCUGCAUGGAAACUAUGCUUUACACAGCUCGGACAAAACCCAUUGUGAUAGCAUCAUCUCUCAGAACAAACAGGGCAGGUCUGGAAUUACAGAUGGGUGGUCAUUGAUGGAGUGGGAUCCAAGGGGCAUUGACCAAAAACAGCCAUCUCUGCAGACAGCUGGUGAAAAAGGAAGAGGUGACAGGAAAAAGACAAGGGACUAGCAUUUGGCUAAAGGAAUUCUGCCUGCCAGCCAAGGCAGUAGGGGGCAGAGAAAACGGCAUCUGGGGGUUCUGAAAUUAAACAACCUCUCCCUGACAAGCAACCCUAGAGAGACCACCCAGCCCAGCCCUACCUCACAUCUGUUCUUGCACACAAAAGCAGAGGUUUGGGGUUUAAUUGUAUAAAACACAUUUAGUUCUCUAUAGAUGCUGCUACAUUACGCCCAGAACUCAGAUGGUUUACUAUGCAGAGGCAAAGGAGAGAAAAGGCAUCAGAAACCCAUACUGUUUAACAAGCCUGACAAAUCUACAAGGCAUUAAUUUGAUCAGAGAACAGACUUACACCUGGGCAAAAUGGACAAAGUAGGCAGUCAUCUUCUGGGAAGAGACCCUGAGGAUAAUACCCUAAGAAAGUACUGUUCCAGCCCCAUAUCCCAGGUCACUAUCUUCCCUUCCCCUUUCCUCUCCUCUCCUCUCUCCUCUCUCCCUCCCCCCCCCUCAGUUAGAUGUUGCUCUGUCAGGCCUCAUAUUAAGAUGCAAAUACCCCUGAGAGGCCCAGAGUUACGCAUUAAAACAAGUACCUGGUUGUAAAUUAGUUUAUCAGAAGGAUGGGGAAACCAGAGACCUCUGAAGUGCUUGGAAUGAGGAGAAGUGGGAAGUGAAGAACACAAAGGAAGAAGAGAAAGAUUAAGGAGAAAAACUGAAGGAGGCUAAAGAAAAUUUAAGAACUCUACCUUUGCCCAAGGAUUUUGGGGUGGAGGAGGGAUAUGGGACCUAAAACGCCACUGGUCUGGGGGGCAGCCUCCAGGCACCUUAAUCACAGCUUACACACAAACAUGCCCCUGCAGAGAGGGUCAUAGCAGGGAUAGAGACCCACAGCCUCUUCUUAAAGAAGGAUUGCCCAGAGGCUAACUGCAAAGAAUGGGCAACUCUGCCUCCAUGCAAAAUUGCCACACAAGGAAAGCAAGGUUAGCUCUGGCACCUGCCUGCAUUGACUCUAGCUGGCCAGCAGGUGGCCUAACAGAACACCAACAGGGGACUUAAUAAACAGAUUGCAAUUUAAACCACCUUUCCCCAAUGGGAAGAGAAAAACUAAUAGAUUAGGGUCCAUCCCAGGUGUAUUACAGUCAGUGGUUAAGGUCUCUGAGUUUAGGUAUGCCCAGCAGGCAGGGGUUGUGCCGGCAAAAGAAGGAUGUUUUCUUUACCUUCUUUUUUUUCUUUUCCCUUUUUUUUUUUCUUGGGGAAGAAAAUAAAGGCCUUUUCUGGCACUGCUAAGGGCUAGAUAGAUGGAAUCGGCAUGUUUUGUGAGGGUCUGGAAUCCUCUCUGAACACGAAGCUUGUAUUCAUGAGAACCUCUGUCAGCUUUGGAAAA